CAAACCGAUUACAACGGCUGUUGCAUAAUUCAUACAUCUAUUGCCGUUUAUGAGCUUUUUAAAAAGAUGGUAGACUAGAAUGGCAUACUCAAAUAUACAAAAAUCCAUUCGAUCUUCUCAAAAAUGCUGUUUAAAAUUGGUUUAAGAAAACACAUUUAGAUAUCACGGUUCCUUUGAUUGAAUUAUUUGCACAACCUGCAGUCCAGUUUGAUCAAAAUGAAUCCUGAAACUGUCCUUGUGUCUCAAAAAACCAGAAUAAAAACCAAAACCUGCGAACAUGUAUGCUCGUCAAAUGAGUCACUUGAUCACAUCGACCACGAGGGUUUGACAUCUGAAAACGAAACACACACACAUGGAACUUCUUUUAUUAAGGAAACGAAACAAGCCGGAAAAAGAUUAAAACCGCUCUCUCGUCUUCCCAAAAGUGUGGUGAGAUCAACUAAACAUGCAAUGCGACCUUGUCAUUUGGAUCUGUGUGCUUCGGAAGGCUUCAUAUCGGACGACUGUGCCUCCGUCAUUUCGACAGCUUCGACUAUGAGGUCAUUUCGAGAUAUUGGACUGCAUGUCUCUUGCAUGGCUAAACCUCCCGAUUACGAUUUCAAGCCGAACCUGAAGCGGGCACGUGAAGAAAUAGUGAUGCGUCGUCGCAGCCCUUCUGUAGACGCGACACUCGAGGCCAAAAUCACGGCAGUCAACCGACGAAAAGAGUAUGCGAGAAAUCUGGAAGAACAAAAAGAGAAACGACGGAGAUCUUCUCAGAACACGAACAGAAAUCGAGCUUCGUCUCUGAGAACUGAUUCAAGGAAUCUCGAAACCGGAAGUGAGACUGAUGAACAAAGUGUGAAAAGUUUCCUAAAAGGAAGUGGGAUUCCACGUCAUACGAGGUUUGUUAAAUCGGUUUCGAAACAAGAGAAGGUAGAUAGGAAGAGAAAUGUGACUGACAGUCCGAUUGAUUUGGACACGGAGAGUCUUAUAACAAGUGGUGCAAGCACCCCAAUUGUGAAAAGAACUGAAGACCUUCAAAGUGCAUAUGAACCAGUCCUGCUUGAUGACGAAACUUGGAUGAAAAUCGAAGAGUUAGUCAAAACAGAAAACUCAUCGAGCGAACUGAACAGAAAGCGAACAUGGGUGUACGGUUUUUUCGCGGGAAUCCUAGUUGCACUGGCCCUAAACUUGCUCGGGUAUUGGGUUUCAAUUGAAUAACAUGGUAGAGGGACAUAAAUUUGUUCAAAUUCUCUGGGUGACCUUAGAUGACGCGAACCUGAUCUUUUUUUUCUAAAAACUUCAUUUGACGAUUGAUUCUGUUCUUAUUACAGACUAUAAUCUCGCUUCAUGUGAGUUCUUUUUAUUUGAUAUACAGUUUUGUUAGUUAGGUUAUAGAUUUAUUGGUGAAUCAAAAUAGU